GGCGCCACGCCCGCCCCCCGAGUGCAGGACCCCGUCGGCCCCGCCCACCGGCUCGCCAUGUCCUAUCCGCAGUUCGGGUACCCCUACUCCUCGGCACCCCAGUUCCUCAUGGCCACCAACUCCCUGAGCGCCUGCUGCGAGUCCGGAGGUCGCUCGCUGGCCGAGUCCGGCCCCGCCGCGCCGGCGCAGGCGCCCGUCUACUGCCCCGUGUACGAGAGCCGGCUGCUGGCCACGGCGCGCCACGAGCUCAGCUCUGCCGCGGCGCUUGGCGUCUACGGGGGACCCUACGCGGGCUCGCAGGGCUACAGCAACUACGUGACCUACGGCUCCGAGGCGUCCGCCUUCUACUCGCUGAACAGCUUUGAAUCCAAGGAUGGGACUGGAUCUGCUCAUGCGGGCCUCGCGCCCGCGGCAGCCGCCGCCUACUACCCCUACGAACCAGCGUUAGGCCAGUACCCAUAUGACAGUGGGGCCCAGGAGGCAGCAAGGCCACGGGGCCUGGGCCUGGAACCCCGAGGCCACACCAUUGCCCAGCCUGUCCUCAGGUACGGGACCAUGGACAGCGGCACACGGCGGAAGAACGCCACACGGGAGACCACGAGCACGCUGAAGGCCUGGCUGCAGGAGCACCGCAAGAACCCCUACCCCACCAAGGGCGAGAAGAUCAUGCUGGCCAUCAUCACCAAGAUGACCCUCACGCAGGUGUCCACCUGGUUCGCCAACGCGCGCCGGCGCCUCAAGAAGGAGAACAAGAUGACAUGGCCUCCGCGGAACAAGUGCACGGAAGACAAGCGGCCCUACCCGGAAGGCGAGGAGGAGGAGGGAGUUGAGGAGGAGGCCCGGGAGGAGCCACUGAGGAGCACCAAGGGUGAAGAGCCUGCCGGCAAAGACGAGAAGGACCUGGAACUCAGUGACCUGGAGGACUUUGACCCGCUGGAGGCCGAGCCCCCCGAGUGCGAGCUGAAACCGCCCUUCCAGCCCCUGGACGGCGGCCACGAGCGCGUCCCGGCCACCGGCGACCGUGUCGGCGCCCCAACCCAGGAGACUUCGGGCACGCUCCGGCUGCCCCUGUCGACGGGCGGCGGGGCGGCGCGGGAGCAGGACCUGGACCGGGCCCGGAGCUGUCUCCGGAACGUGUCGGCGGGACCUGAUCCGCCGCAGCCAGGAGCAGGGCCCGGGCCGCAGGCCUGCGACGCCAAGCUUAGCUUCGCGCCCGCCGGUGCACCCACGGGCCUGGAAGCCAAGCCGCGCAUCUGGUCACUGGCGCACACGGCCACCGCGGCUGCCGCCACCGCCCUGGGCCAGACUGACUUCCCCUCGUGCAUGCUCAAACGCCACGGGCCCCCGGCCCCCGCGGCCGCCGCAUCCUCGCCCGUGACUCCCGCCACCGCUGCCGCCGGGGCCCUGGACCGGCAGCAGGACUCCCCGGUCACAAGUCUGAGAAACUGGGUGGACGGCGUCUUCCACGACCCCGUCCUCAGGCACAGCACUUUGAACCAGGCCUGGGCCACCGCCAAGAGCGCGCUCCUGGCCCCGGGGCCCUUGGGACGCUCGCUAGGGUCCGGCGCGAACGUGCUGACCACACCCCUGGCGCGCGCCUUCCCGCCGGGUGCGCCCCGUGAUGUGCCGGGCCCCGGUGGAGGCUCCGAGGAGCUACUGGCUCUGCCUAAAGCCGGCGGGAAGCCCUUCUGCGCCUGAGCCUAGCCAGAUCCUAGCCUAGGAGCCUGGGGCGCUCAGGAUGGGGCGCGUACACUCCUGGUGUCCGGCUCCCUAGGGCGCACAGUGGAGCGCCCCGCAAGCCCAGGAGGCGGGCCGGGCUCUCGGUGUCCCGGGGCCCCCAGGACAAGUCCUGCGGUCACCAGCACAGCCCGACCUGCCCACCGAAGUGGACCUGGUCCUUCCGGACCUAGGUCCGAGCCGGGCGGAAUGCAGCGGCCUCCGACGCGCCAAGUUUACGUCCCAAAGUUUACAUGGAAAGGCGCGCGCGUUGCGCGCCCCGGCGGGUCUGAGGCAUGCCGCUUUCCAGGAUGACCCGCCGUCCCUUCUCCUCUGCACCCCGUCUCACCGACAGCUUCCCCGCGAGCUCACACGAAUGCACACGUAACGCGAUACAAUUGUUUUGUUUUUGUUUUUGUUUUUUUCUCUAAUGUCUGUGCGCGCUGGCGACCGCCUGCUUCGAGGCUAAAUACAGCAAAACCAAUAAAUGAGUGGUGAUGUUUGCAUCGCAGAAA